UUUGCAGCAAGUGUGAAACUUGCGCUUUGCUUGUUAUCGGUAUCGGCAUGCGAGUCUGUGUAUUUGCAUUUGCGAGUACACAUACCUGUGUCAAUGGGCGCCAAAUAGGCAUAUAAGCAGUUCUGUUUCUCAACUUCGGCUCAGAAGCGGACUAGCAUUAGAAUAGAUUGAAACUAUCGGAGCAGAUUGCCUGGAAGCUAAGGAGUAUCGACUACAAGGACUAAAUAUUUUGCCUGAAAUUCGAGACCAAUCAAGUAAUAGCAGGCAUUGACAGACUAAAUUUAAGGUAUUAAAAGGCGGUCGAUGUAAGAAUUUCCUAGUCUAAAAUAUUUUAGACUAAGAUCACAAAAUGGACGGACACCUGGUGUCAUUAAUAUUCGUAUUUGCCAUUUUAUUCUGGCUGCCCCUUGGCCAGGGCGAUGGUAGCAACAGCUGCUCAGCAUUUGAGCUCCAGGCGCGCCGCUUCUUCGAUCAGGAGAACUCUAAGCUACGGGAACGAUACCAUGCGGAGUACUCAGCUGCGUACGCCUACAACACGAAUGUGACCGAGGAGAACAGACAGGCCAUGAUUCAAGUGUAUGCAGACAGUGCCAGGGACAACAAGCUGCUGGCCCAGGCUGUGAAGUCGGGCGAUUAUGUGAAGUCAAGUGACGCGAGCAUACGCAGGCAGGCAAGGAUGCUGCAGAAUCUGGGUGCGGAUGUGCUCGAGGCCAGCGAUUAUCUAGAGCUGAAGAAUGCUAUUAGCGCAAUGCAGUCGAACUAUGCCACUACCAGUGUCUGCUCCUUUGCCAAUCGCAGUGAUUGCUCUCUAACCCUGGAGCCACACAUACAAGAGCGCCUAUCCAAAAGUCGUGAUCCUGCUGAGCUGGCCUGGUAUUGGCGUGAAUGGUACGACAAGGCGGGUACGCCCAUGCGCCAGAACUUUGGCAAGUAUGUGCGUCUAACACGCAAAGCAGCGCAACUUAAUGGCUUCCGUUCGUAUGCCGACUACUGGGUGCACUUUUACGAAGAUGCCGAUUUUGAGCGUCAGCUGGAUGACACCUACAAAGCAUUGCUGCCAUUCUACAGACAAAUCCAUGGUUAUGUUCGCUAUCGUUUGCGUCAGCAUUAUGGUUCUGAUGUAGUGCCUGCCGAGGGUAACAUUCCGAUGCAUCUGCUUGGCAACAUGUGGGCACAGUCGUGGAACGACGUCAUCGACUUAUUUACACCAUUCCCCGAGAAAUCAUUUGUCGAUGUCACCGCGGAAAUGAACAGGCAGCAGUACAGUGUGCAGAAAUUAUUCCAGUUGGGCGAUCAGUUCUUUCAAUCGCUCGGCAUGCGAGCCUUGCCCCCAAGUUUUUGGAACCUAAGUGUGCUCACUCGUCCCAAUGAUCGCGAAGUCGUUUGUCACGCCUCAGCCUGGGACUUUUAUCAGGAUAGUGAUGUGCGUAUCAAGAUGUGUACCGAGAUCAACACUCACUACUUGUAUGUUGUCCACCAUGAGCUUGGUCAUAUUCAAUACUACUUGCAGUAUGAGCAACAGCCCGCUGUGUUUCGUGGAGCCCCGAAUCCUGGCUUCCACGAGGCUGUCGGCGAUGUCAUAGCAUUGUCUGUGAUGUCCGCCAAACAUCUGAAAAGCAUUGGUCUCAUCACCAAUGGGCGUUGGGAUGAAAAGAGUCGCAUCAAUGAGCUGUUCAAGCAGGCGCUUUCAAAAAUUGUUUUCCUGCCCUUUGGCUAUACCAUGGACAAGUAUCGUUAUUCUGUUUUCCGCAAUGAACUCGAUGAAUCACAAUGGAACUGUGGCUUUUGGCAAAUGCGCUCGGAGUUCGGUGGCGUCGAUCCGCCAUUUGCACGCAACGAGACCGACUUUGAUCCACCGGCCAAAUACCAUAUAGAUGCCGAUGUCGAAUACUUGCGCUACUUUGCAGCCCACAUAUUCCAAUUCCAGUUUCACAAGGCUUUGUGCCGUCUAGCCGAUCAGUAUGUGCCCGGCGACAGUCGCCUCACUUUGGAUAACUGCGACAUAUUUGGCAGCAAGAAGGCUGGAGAAGCAUUCAAGAAGUUUUUGUCAGCCGGCAAUUCAAGGCAUUGGAAGCAAAUAUUGGAGGAGUUCACGGGCGAAACCGAGAUGGAUUCUGCUGCGUUGCUGGAAUAUUUUGAUCCGCUCUACCAAUGGCUGAAGCAGGAAAACAGACGCCUUGGUGUUCCUCUGGGUUGGGGUGAUACCAACAAGAUCUCUUCGAAUUGCUGUGGGCCGUUCAGUACUUAAUAUCGAAUAUCGAGGACACCCAUUUAUUUUCAAUUUGACCAGCUAUAGACUUAAUUUCCUAUGCAUAGCUUAAGUAAUAUUAAAAAAAUAAAUAAUAUAUAUUUUUUCUAAAAAUAUUAGCAAUCUAGUAACAUAUAAGUAAAUCAAGAUCAUUACCAUAUAAAUACAUCAUAAUUAAAAUAUAAUUGAACUAUCCCCGCGUAUCCAAAAAAAGGUAGGACUAUGAUACUACAAUUAUACAAAUAAUAAAUUUAGAGAAUGGAACCUGCGUGUCUUUUUCUUGAUCCACUAUUGCAAUGUCUGUAAAUGAUGUACAAAGAGGUUACAAUUAUUUUUGAUUGAGUAUUAUUUUGCAAGACUUGAUUGUGUUGUAUUGCAGUUACUUUUCAAUAAAAUUUGCCGAUAUUUAUCAGAAUGACAUGUACAAGUCUCAGCGUAUUUUGUAGAUAUUGACUGAAGGAUAAAGAUUAUUUUUAAUAAACCGAAAUAGACAUUUAUUGAAUAUUAAAUAUUACCAGAAAUUCUGUAUCUCCAUCGAAACUAACGUUAAAUUGAUUGUAGCAAAUCCCACAUAAACCAGAACAAGUAUAAUAUUUAAGGUGAUAUUUAUUGUUCAGAUCUUUCAUUUCAUUCUUUUAAAUUAUUUGCAGUACACGUUACAUAUCGACGAUAUUGUUUGAUUUUCUUUUAUGACUACAUUACAAAAACCGACCGUCCAGUUAUAAAUAUCAACAAAUUGCUUACCAAAUAGUUCGUACAUCGCACACUAAAAAGUGAUUCAGAUUUUGCUCUCGAAUGUUUUCUUCGUACUAGAAAACUAUUCUGCACAUUGCUAAGUGUCUAGUACAAUAAAUGCAAUUUCUUUCACUUCAUAUAAAAAUCCAUUUAUUUGACUCAUGGUUUUCACAUUUUGAUUGAAUUCUCUAUGAAGAAGGAAAAA